AUGCGCUUUUUGCUUAUCUUCUUUCAACUCUUCGCCUUGUUGUUGGCUUCUGCGGAGUUGGAAAGUGGUUUGUGAAAUCUUUCUGUUGAUUUUUCGAGUCUGGUUUUUCAGAAGAAACUACGAUUGAUUAUGAAGAAGUCAAGGAGAUGUUCGAGUUUCGGACUGAGUACUUGGAGUUGAACAAAACGACUGGAAAACUCGAAGGUGAGAUAUUUUUCUUAAGAAGCGACUAUAAAAAGUUUCCGAUUUCAGUGCUUCAACGGACUGAGAACAUGACGCAGAUCAACGAGGAGACGCUGAGGAUAAUGCUCGGGACGGCCCAAUUUUUCUUCGACAAACUCGCUUUCCCAUUUUUCGUACCAGCAACUUUCUUUGGCGUGCUCGCGGUGGAAAGUGUUUUUCGUCAUGUUUGA